UAUACAUAAUAAAUAUAUUUUUAAUUUUCAGUUUGGUGAACCAAACAAUGGAAAAAAUUGAUGGUGGGCAAGUUCGAAGAGUUUUACGUGAUGCUUUAGAUAUUUGGGCAAAAAAUUCUAAAUUAACAUUCCGUGAAGUUUACGAUGAAAGAGCUGAUAUACAAGUAAUGUUUGCAAAAGGGCAUCAUGGUGACGGUUAUGAUUUUGAUGGUCCUGGUUCAAUAUUAGCACAUGCAUUUUAUCCUGGCACUGGACGUGGUGGUGAUGCUCAUUUUGAUUCUGAUGAAAUAUGGCAUGUAGAUAACAGAGAUACAAAUGAUGGAACAAAUUUAAUGGGUGUCGCUGUUCAUGAAUUUGGUCAUUCAUUAGGUUUAGGACAUUCGGAUGUUCAAAAUUCUAUAAUGUUUCCAUGGUAUCAAGGAUACGAUCAUAAUAAAGAUUUACCGGAUGAUGAUCGUUAUGGUAUACAAGCAUUAUAUGGUGCAAAAUAUAAACAAUGGGCAUCUGUUAAUGUACCUUACAAUAGGCCAACAAGACCAAUAACAACAACUACAACAACAACUAUGAAAUCGCUUGUAUUUCAUCCAGAUCGUAAUGAUCCUAGAUAUAAUUAUAAUAGAAAUAAUGAAGAAGAAAAACGAAAACGUGAAAGAGAAGAACGUGAAAGACAACGAGAGAGAGAACGUAAAGAACGUGAACGUAAAGAGCGAGAACGUAAAGAACGAGAACGUGAAGAACGUGAACGAAUAGAACGUGAACGAAAAGAACGUGAACGAAUAGAACGCGAACGUCAAAGACAACGUGAAAUCGAACGAGAAAGAGAACGUGAACGAGAAAGAGAAUAUGAACGAGAAAGAGAAAGAGAAAAAGAACGAGAACGUGAAUAUGAAGCAAGACGUACAUAUCAUAAUAAUCGUGGUCAUCAUCAUCCGCAUCAUAUAAGCACAACAAAAAGGCCAUUCAAUUAUCCAAAUACACAAGGACCAACGACACGAUAUCAGCACCCUAAAUAUCAUACAACAUCUAUGACCCCAAUUAAACCAAGAGUUGUUCACCCAAAUUAUUUACCUGUGAAACCAGAUACUUGUAAUACAGAUUAUGAUGCAAUUUCAAUGAUACGUGGAGAACUAUUUAUAUUUAAAGACAAGUAUUUAUGGAGAGUGCGAAAUGGUUUUCCUGAAGAAGGUUAUCCAUAUAGAAUCGAUCGAAUAUUUAAAUUUCCACAACAUGAGGAAUUCAGUCAUGUCGACGCCGUCUAUGAAAAUAAACAAAAGAAAAUUGUUUUCUUCAUUGGUAAAAAAUAUUAUGUUUUCAAUUCUAAUACAUUGGAGCCUAAUUAUCCAAAACCAUUAACAAAUCUUGGAUUACCGGAUACUUUAGAUAAAAUUGAUGCUGCUUUAGUUUGGGGACAUAAUAAUAGAACAUACUUUUAUAGUGGAACUUUAUAUUGGAGAUUUGAUGAAGAUGUAGAAAAAGUUGAAUUAGAUUAUCCAAGAGACAUGUCAAUAUGGGCUGGUAUUGGUUAUCAUAUCAAUGCUGCUUUCCAAUAUACAAAUGGUAAAACAUACUUUUUCAAAGGAAAAACUUAUUGGGAAUUUAAUGAUGAUAGAAUGCGUGUUGCACAUAUUCGACCGAAACCAUCUGCACAUAAAUGGAUGCAUUGUCCUCGUGAACAAGAUUCUCCAAAUAAUAGUAAACAAAAUUAUGAGGAAGAACAUUAUUUUAUUGAAAGAAAUUUAGCAUUAAUUUCGGCUGAACACAAUAAUGCAAAUUCAUCUAAAUUUAAUUUAAUAACAUUAAUUAUUAGUUUAUUAUUAGGAAUAUUAUUUUCAAAUACAAAAAUUUUAUAAUUAUACACACAUACAUACAUAUAUAAUAUUUUAAAACAAUUUUUAUAUUAAACUGCCUUAUUAAUUAUUAUAUAAAUUAUAAAAUAUUAUUAAUUACAAUUACUAUAAACAAAUAUGAACAAAUUGUAAAAAAAAAAAAAGC